AUGGGUCAAAUCGCUAGUUCAGCUAAUGAUGGCAAAAACAAUGCUAUACUUGAGCUGUUCUCCAAAGAGCAGAUCAUGGACUUAUUAUCUAGUCGUUGUCUAACUCUACUCCGCAAUGUAGAGAUCACUUCCAUAACAAACAAACUCAAUGUCACCAGUCUUCGAGAAAAAAAUGUGGUAACACCCACAGAUUUGGCGUUGUUGCUCCAGUUGUCUAACGACAUGGAUAGGGACAACUCUUCCGUCAAUGAGUCGUUUAAUAGAGCUCUCAAGAUCUUGUAUGAAUCUACGAGAGUCAUUGGCUCACUUCCAUUUCUCAGCAAUUAUACCAAAACCGACACUUCAGGAGGUUUAACUAUCCAAGAGCUCCUAAUAUCGUCUUUAGUGCAUAGUGCGAGAUACAAGAAGAUCUUUAACAGUCAAUACGACUACCUCAAACUUAUCUUCUGUUCUCUAGCACUUCCACGGCUUGCCGUAGAAACCAACAGUGAAGAACUGAGUGUAGAUUUUCUUUCAGACAAACCAAAGGUCGUUGAACAAGUGAGGUAUCCAAUCAGAGAGGAGGAUUCUCCUGAUAUUCGCCUGAAAAAGGUGAAAUGGGAUACAUUCAACAUCAUCAACAAUUAUGACGAUAUUGAUAUUUCAAGCUUAAAAGUCAAUGCGUAUGAUCUCGUGCAAAUAAUUACCUUGUUUUUGAUUAUAUCAUCGAUUCCCAAGAUGAAGCGAGAUCUCAUGCACCAAAAGCUUGUAGGCUAUAUUGAGAGAUGGAAAGAGUUCGAAGUCUAUGGACUAUACAUUCUAAAGUAUAUUAACAUUAACCUCAAUGCUACAAACUUGCAGACGGAAACUAUUACCUUCGAGGAAUUCCAGACCACUUUCAACAGGUGUCUUCCAAAUUUCUUCCAGAACGGGUUUUCUAUUCUUUUCAAGGAGGGUUUGCUUUCUACGGUAGUAGCAAAGGCAGGAUCCAAUAAUUCAAGUAAGGACAUACCAAAUAAUCCAGAACCACAGAAGCAAGAAGAAGAGGCUACAAAGAAGAAGAAAUUCAAAUUGCCCAAGUUUGAAGAAUCAAAGUUGGUAAAUGCUGCAUCAUUAUCGUACAUUUCAAACGUGGUGUCUGGAUUAGGUUCUAGUAUCGAAAUUUCUAACCAAAACUUGAUAAAAUUGUAUGCUGGUACAGAGGCUGGUUUUUCGAUAAGAUCGUUAGAACUGAAAAUCUUCAAGUGGCAAGCGCCAACAUUGUUCGUAGUUAGUGGCAAGAGACUCAAAAAUAAGACCAUUGACACAAAUAUGCGAUAUCAGCAAUUCAAAACAGAGUAUCCACAAUAUUUCCGUUCUCUGGAAAGCAACAAACAUGACUGGCAGAAUGAUAACGAUAAAAUUACAUAUGCUAUAUUGAUUAAUCAACCGUGGAAGAAUUCUAACAAGAAAAACUUUGGAGACGAGAACACGAUAAUUCUAUCGUUGCUGCCACGCUUGGAUUUCUACAAGAGCAUUCAUAGUACGGUGUUAAAUGGAGAACUGAUAUACUUUAAUACUUUAGGCUUGGGAAUUGGCUUCGGCAAUACCCAGCCUGUUAAUAAGAAUGGAGUCAAGAAGUAUUUCCCAGGGGACGUCUCGCUUACCAUUGAAGCCAACUUGGAGUUUGCUGUAUUCAGACACAUUGUGGCGCUGUCAGCAAAUACCUCUACGUACUUUGAGAGAUCACAUCAAAGUCAGGUGCGAAGCAGCGAUUUUGAAGACCGCUUCAUGAUCACAGAUCUAGAAGUAUGGGGUAUAGGAUCUACAAAGGAUUUGGAAGAGCAGAGAAAACAAUGGGAAUGGGAGCAGAAACAGGCAGAAGCUAGACAGAGUGUUAAUCUCCGUAGUCUAGGAGAAGAAAGAGCAUUUUUGGAAAUGGUAGGCUUAGUAGGAAACCACAAUUCAAGUGGAGGAUCCAUAUAG